AUGACAACUAUAAAAGAUGAAAUAACACUUUCAAAUGGAAAAGUUAAACUUCAUAUGUGCAAAAAACAAGACAAUGAAGUAUUAAAGAUUUUGUCAGAUAUUAUUAAUCGUUUAUCAACCAAUCAACAUCAACAAGAUGUCGAAUUGAAAGAUUAUCUUAUGUUUGCUUUGAUUGAUAGAAUCAAUCUAAACUUUAAGUAUGAAAAAUUUAACGAAGUUGUAUUAGAUGUUCAAUUAAUGCAACUGCUCGAUUUUGACAUAUAUAAAGAUAAAGAAUUUUUUUUGAUUUAUCAGUAA